AAAAAAAAGUGAGACAGCCAACUGCCGUCGUUUGUCCUAACGGCUGAGCUUGAAUUCAAAUCGAGAAAAAGGCGGAAUCUGAUUGGCCAGGGGGAGACCGUUUAUCCGCAUGCGCACUGCGGGAAAUAAAAUAAAAAAGAGAGAUGCAUUCGUGACUAUUGGAAAUGUAGCGACACGGGCGGAGUUUGACAAAAAAUAAGCUAAAACGUUACAUAGGUGAAUUAUAUGUAACCGUUUAACGUUAUCUGUGGAGAGGUGCUCAUUUUAGUUUGAAAGUGCUGUGAAAGUUUCGCUAUACUUUUCGUAUUUCCACCUCCUGCCUGUAAAGCAGGAAGUUACUGAGAGCACCUGAAGGCAGCACAAGAAGGAACAGGAAAUGAAAGCUCUUGUUUUGGACACAAACACUUUGCUCCGAGCAGACGGUGCAACACGUAGCUUUUCAUCCGUCCUGCUGUCCUGCCAGAUCUUCUUCUCCCCAAACCCUCAGUCCUGAGCCCGGGCUCUCUGGGCUCUAGUCUUCCACCAUGGACAACCUAGAGGAGGACCUGACGUGCUCCGUGUGCUACUCUCUGUUCUCCGACCCACGAGUCCUGCCGUGCUCGCACACCUUCUGUAAGACCUGCCUGGACAACUUGCUCCAGGCGUCAACCAACUAUUCCAUCUGGCGUCCGCUCCGCCUGCCUUUAAAAUGCCCCAACUGUCGCAGCGUGGUGGAGCUGCCGCCGACGGGCGUUGAAGCUCUGCCCACCAACGUAUGUCUGCGGGCCAUCAUCGAGAAAUACCAGAGCGACAGCGAGCCGCGACCUCCUACGUGUGGGGAGCACCACAGGCAGCCCCUGAACAUGUACUGCGUCCAGGAUCGACAGCUGAUCUGCGGGCUGUGUCUGACUGUGGGGCAGCACCAGGGCCACACCAUAGACGACCUGCAGGUGGCAUUCAUCAGAGAGAAACAAACCCCAUCACGACUGCUGGCCAGACUCUCUGAGCGUAGAUGGGCACAGGUGUGCGAGCUGGGGGAGCAGCUGGAGCAGGAGAAGACUCGCUGUGAGGAUCUGGUGAGGCAGGACCGGCAGGAGGUCAAUCAGUUCUUUCAGACGCUCGAGGCAGUGCUGGCCAGGAAGAAACAAGCCUACCUGCAGGCUCUGGAUAAAGCCAGCGCGGAGGUGGCCCGGGUUUACGACCCACUCAUCCACAAAGUAAAGGAUCUACAGGAAGAACAGUUGGACCUGGUGUCCUUGGGUUCAUCAGUAGAGGAGGAGGACUCGCCGCUGGUCUUCCUGGAGAAGGUGCAUAUGUUCAGAGAGAGGGUGGAGGAGUUUAUCACAACCCCUCUGCCCUCAGUGAUAAACCUCUCCGUCAUCCCGCGGGCAGCAGAGUACCUCCAGCAGCACUGGCCUGCCGUGACCCUCGGCAGCCUGGAGGAAGCGCCCGUCCCUAAGCUGUGCUGCUGCACCAGAUGCGGCAGUGUGGACGCCGACGGCGGGAAGGAUCAGUCCGACGGCUGGGCUCAGGACCUGUGGUGCGAGCUGCGGCCCACUUCUUCCGUGGUGCUCCUGGGGCUGCUGCUGCUGCUGGUGGCGCUGUGGGUCAACCCGAUCGGAGGGGCGUCGCUCGGUUUCUCUCUGGUCUCUCACUUCAGUCAGUUUGUCCACGGCCUGAGCAGCGAACUGAUCACAUCGGUCUGCGACACGGCGGGGUCGGCGUACACAGUGAUGGAGGCUGCUGUAGAAAGAUGGAGCUCUCACCUCUGCUCAGUCGGCGAAACAGCCGUCCAGCAGCUGGCUGCCUUAUUCAAGACUCUGACGUCUCAGUGAAAGAAACUUUUUAUAUAGAAGUCUCACUUCUGUUUUCCUGUAGUGAAGUAGGCAGUGAGUAAACGAAUAUGCAGAUACAGGUUUAAGGAAAUUAAUACUGAACAUUAUGAACUGUUUUAGCAAAAAUGCAAAUAACUACAACAAAAAAAUCUAUUAAGUUGAACUUUAAAAUAGCUUUUCAGUGCAUUAACUGUUACAUGUAGAUGAUAACGUUCAUCUGAGGGUGGAUUUUUCUGUUUUAGCCUCACUUCAGAGAUUCCCAGGACUCCGUGCAGACCUGGUGAAAACCUGAGAUACGACUUUCUGAUUUUUCCAUGCCUGAGAACUGCACAGAAAGAUACCGUUAUCAAGUUCUUUAAAAACACUCGAGCACAGUUUAUGUAGCUGUAAAUCUUUUUAUAUAGUGAAUCAUUGUCAAGCGUUACAUAUGUUUUUGUGGUGUCUUCUUCUUCUUAUAGUAUGCUGCCUCUUAAACACUAAUAAAAACAUUUUUUAACAUAGAUUAAAAUCAGCAAAAAAACAACGUGGAAAGGUGUUUACAGUGGAAAUAUUAAACUGGUGCCUAGAGACACCUAAAGUCACCUUUCCCGUCAUGCAGUGGGACAUUUCCGUUGUGUUAGAGAGCUCAGGACACCGGUCCAGCUGCACAUGUAUCUCCUUACACAAGACUGUUUACAGUACGUGAACUUUAGAGCCUGGUGAGUGGAACCAGACACACCGUGGACCCGACUUACAGAGUCCACGGAUCGUGUUGCAGCGACCCACAGCUCUUCCCGUGUCUUUAACCGUCAUGCCUUUACCUCGCCCCACAUAAUGGCCUUAUUAUAGUGGACUGUAAUUCCACCAGGAUCAAUAGGUCUGACUGCAGUGCUAUUUUUACUAAACCGAUGCACCAACAUGCAGUCUAUUUUAAAACCUAUUGUAGCCUUUGGAAAAUCUUUUACCUGGUAACCCACAAAUGCUUCUUUAUUUUGCUCAAGGAGACUGAAACGUCACCUUCUCAUAUCACUGUGCUAUAUUUCUAAAUAUUAUUUUAUGUUACUGCAAGUGAACAAAUGGCGUUUUCAUAAAUAUAGCAGCCUUUUAUAAGAGACGUUGUUGUAGUGGUUGUAUUUUCCUAAACUUCUUGUAUUAAAAAAAAAUAAAACGGUCAUAAUAAACUUGUUCAAAUG